GGAGAGUGCUUGGGGCCGUGUGCAAACCGCGUGUGGCGCAGCCAGAAGGGACGCGGAGCGGGCGGGCAGCGCCGGGUGAGCGGAGCCGACUGUCGUCCGGGGGGGGGCGACUGCCGCAGCGGGGCGAGGGGCCGCAGGUGACCUGCAGCCAUGAGCAGCAAUGAGUGCUUCAAGUGUGGACGUACCGGCCACUGGGCUCGGGAGUGCCCCACUGGAAUUGGCCGUGGUCGUGGGAUGAGAAGCCGUGGCAGAGCAGGCUUCCAGUUCAUGUCCUCAUCUCUGCCGGACAUCUGCUACCGCUGUGGUGAGUCUGGCCACCUUGCCAAGGACUGUGAUCUUCAGGAGGAUGAAGCCUGCUAUAACUGCGGUAGAGGUGGCCACAUUGCGAAGGACUGCAAGGAGCCCAAGAGGGAGAGAGAGCAGUGCUGCUACAACUGUGGCAAACCUGGCCACCUGGCUCGUGACUGUGACCACGCAGAUGAGCAGAAGUGCUAUUCCUGUGGAGAGUUUGGACACAUUCAGAAAGACUGCACCAAAGUGAAAUGCUAUCGGUGUGGUGAAACUGGCCAUGUAGCCAUCAACUGCAGCAAGACCAGCGAAGUCAACUGCUACCGCUGCGGCGAGUCAGGGCACCUUGCACGGGAAUGCACAAUUGAAGCUACAGCCUAACUAUUUUCCUUUGUCGCCCCUCCUUUUUCUGAUUGAUGGUUGUAUUAUUUUUCUCUGAAUCCUCUUCACUGGCCAAAGGUUGGCAGAUAGAGGCUACUCCCAGGCCAGUGAGCUUUACUUGCCGUGUAAAAGGAGGAAAGGGGUGGAAAAAAAUCAACUUUCUGCAUUUAACUACAAAAAUGUUUAUGUUUAGUUUGGUAGAGGUGUUAUGUAUAAUGCUUUGUUAAAGAACCCCCUUUCCGUGCCACUGGUGAUAGGGAUUGAUGAGUGGGAAGAGUGGAGUCAGACCAGCAAAAACCCUCUUUGGGUUACAUGGAAGUGAUCCUAUGCAGGAGGAAAGAAAAUUCUGGAAGUGUCUAAACUUCCUCAUAACUUUUACUACAAUGGCCUUGGAUUGUCUGACCUCAGUAGCUGUUAACACCAAGUAAUACCUGUAUCGGGCCCUACCUAGAGCAUAUAGCUGAGUGGGAGUAAACAAACAAGAUGCACAUGCCUGUUAAUGGCCAUGAGAGAGAGAGAGAGAAAUCAGGAAUAAACUUAAAAGUAACAGUAAUUCAGUCAAUGAAUGUUCUUGUUGGAGUUACAGAACGUUAUAGGGAGCUUUUGAAUAAAUACUUCAAUCUGGAACCCAGACAUCAGUGCUCAUAGCAUAUACAAUUUGGAGCUAUUCAGGAGUUGCAAAUAAAUGCAUUUUCACAGAAAUCAAGAUGUUAUUUUUGUAUACUAUAUCACUUAGACAACUGAGUUUCAUUUGCUUGUAAUCAGUUUUUAAAGUAAGAUGGUAAAAGCAAUUGAAGUCCUAGAACAUAGAAAAUGUAAUUUUAAACUAUCAAUAAAGCUGGAGGAGGAAGGGGA